CGGGUAGUCAGGGACAACGUGAAAGUGUGUCCGGAAGUCGAGGGAUUCCGGAAAAGUGGAGGGAGCCUUCCAGGGGAAUUGGGACCUAGAGAGUGCAGAAGUGACUCUGUUGCCAAAUGGCCGAAUAGCUGGUAGUUAAAAAUCAGAAAGGGCUGAAUUUUGCGACGACUUAGAGCAGGAGGCCCAGAAUUGGUGCUCGGUGGCAACCCGUGGCUCCUUUGGGAUAGACUAGCCGCGGGACGGCCACAGCCGCAGGGACUGCACAGACCGCAGGGACAGCGGCGGCGCUUUCUUGCAAGAGCCAGGGCACUGGACACGGCAGUGCGGGCGUUGCUCUGGGAUGCUCUGGGCUGGCUGGCUUGGCCGAGCCCUCAGCCGGAGCUCCGCCCUCGUCUUCUCGCGUUCCGACUCCGAGGAGAUGAGCCCUGAAGACAGGUUCCUAUGCAUUAGUGAUGCUGUCUCCAGAGAGGGAGAGGCCCUGUCACGAGUGGUCCUUCCUUCGAACGUGGUGAAAACAUCUUGAUCCGAAGUGACAGGGAGGCAUGGAAGAGAACAACAUGGAAAAGAAAUUGCAGGGUUGUAAAAAAGGCUCUUCUCAACGAGAAGUCCCUGUCCCACCAGCUGUGCUGCUGCUGUUCAUAAUGGGCCUCAUGAACAUCGUCCUCUAUCUCUACCUGGAUCGCGUUUUCGUCUCUCCUCCGCCCGCUGUGCUGGAGGCCCGUCGCUGUCCCUUUGGGACCUUCCGGAUGGGGCAGAUGAAAAAUUGUUCCCCCUGGCUCUCCUGUGAAUCCCUGAGAACAGAAGUCAGGAAGCUGAAGCGCGUUGGGGAAGGAGCUGUGAAAAGGGUCUUUCUUUCCGAAUGGAAGGAACAGAAAGUGGCUCUUUCCCAGCUCAGCAGACCAGAGAUGAAAGAAGAUUUCCUCCACGGUGUGAAGAUGCUGAAAGCCUUACAAAGUGAACAUGUCGUCAUGCUGCUUGGCUAUUGUGAAGAUGAUGGCACUCUGCUUACUGAAUACCAUCCCUUGGGAACUCUGAAGACCCUGGAAGAAACCUUAAACCUCCCUAAAUACCAAAGCCUGAACACCUGGCACCACAGAUUGAAACUGGCAAUUAACUAUGUAAACAUCAUUAACUAUUUACACACCAGUCCCCUGGGCCCAUUGGUGAUGUGCGACUCAAACGACUUAGACAAAAUACUUUCUCAGUACUUGUUGACAAGCAGUUUUAAUAUCGUGGCAAAUGAUCUUGACGCCUUGCCUGCUGUCAACAAGGACAAGGGGAUCCUGGUCAAAUGUGGCCACAGGGAGCUCGCGGGGGAAUUCGUAGCCCCUGAGCAACUUUGGCCUUAUGGAGAGGAAACUCCUUUUAAUGAUGAUCUCAUGCCACCAUAUGAUGAGAAGACAGACAUCUGGAAAAUACCUGAAGUCUCCAGUUUCCUUUUGGGGCACGUGGAAGGGAGUGAUGUUGUCAGAUUCCAUUUGUUUGAGAUCCACAAGGCAUGUAAGCAGAAGAAUCCAGAAGAAAGGCCGUCAGCUCAGGUGGUCCUAGACACUUACCAAAAGGUUUUGAAUUCACUUAGAGACACAGUCAUGCCUGGGGUAAGAGAAAUGUUGUGAAAACCGGACUAACCAGUAAGAGGAGGGCCCUGAUGAUUUAAUGGAAGAAUACAAGCUACUUUUCUCAGUUGACCUUUUUUGUCUUGGUUGUAGUGGUCUUCAGCUGUAUUCAGAUGGUUAUUUUCAGUCAUCUCUUUGUAAAUGUUGAGCUGAAAAAUGGUAAAAAUAAUUUGAGGGGAGAAAUGGGAAGAGGAGUGAUAUGUGCAUGGAAAAUGUAGAAAGGACAUUGCAUUUCGAGUCAGAGGUCCUGAUUUCAUGGGUUCAAAUCCUGGCUCUAUCACUUACCAUCUUUGUGAUGUUAGUUAACCUCUUCUGGACCUCAGUUUCCUUAUUUGCAAAAUGAAGGGGUUGGCCAAGAUAAUCUCUAUAAGGUUUAUUUACUGUUCUUAUGAACUUUGGACUUUAUUUUAAAUCUAGCAUUCAAUUCCUUUCUCAAGUUACCCCCCUGGUGAAAGGACAAGAGACUUAUACUAUGCCCAAGAGGUAAACAACCAAAGGAAAAAGAACAGAGCAGCAAAGAGACUUAGGUAAAUUGAAUAUAAUUGAAUUUAUAAAAGUCAAAAUAACUUAACCAUAUUCCUUGUUGUGAUGUGGAGGUCCCUCUGGGUUCUUAAAAUUGAGGCCACUAAAUGCCAUCUUCUGACUGGUCCUACAAAGCCAGAAACACCUCAGUGAUGGAUGCAGAGAUGGAUUCUCCGUGUACAUUUAAAGGGCAAAUCUAGCUAACAAGUUCAUUCCCUUCAUAGGACGUUGGCUGUUAGGUGAUGAUUUUUUUUUUGUGGUGGUUGGGGGAGGGGGGAGGCAAGGAUAGUAAUUCAUGAAUGGACCAGAGAAUAAAAAGACCCUUUCUCCUCCCUGGCCCCCUUCUUUUUUCUCUAUCAGAAAAAGGAGGGAAAAGUUUCAGUGAAUCACACACUAUUCACACCAUCUAUUAAUGCUAAUUUAAUCAUUUUUAUUCCCAAUGUCCGAUUAAAAAGCAACAUGUGCUCUGUUAGUUUUCUUGGGAUAUCAGACAAACAAGAAGGCUCCCAACAUAUCCUGUGUAGACCUCCCUCUGGAGAAUGUGUAGGAGGACCCAGACAAGAGCUGUAUAAGAUGAGCAUCCACGGAUGGAUUUAGAUCUGCAUUACUGGAGAGAGUGCUUACAUUAGAGUUUUGGAGUACUCUGUGCGAUCUUAGCCCCAAAACCUAGCAGAUGCACUGCCACAGCAAUGGAACCAAAGCCAUUUCCAGAUUUGGUUUCUUAAGUGAAGUCAGAGUCUUCAUUCAAAGCCUCAAGAUAAGAAGGUCUUGCAUGAGACAUUUGCAUUGUUCCCCAAAGACUAGAUUUAAACAGAUCACUCUCAAGAUAAUUCCCACUAAGUAUCAGCAUUCAUCGUAUAGGAGGAAAAAGUUAUGGAUGCAUAAGAACUAUUUAUAUGGAAGAGAAUUGGUUCUUUUUUUGGCUAGAUCAUGAAAAGAACUUUUUUCUGCAAUGCUUUCUUUUUAACAGUGAUGAAGUCAGAGUUACCAGAGUAUGUUCACUUGUCACUUGUGCUAAUUUAAUUAAGUCACAUAUAGCACUUGUGCUAUAUUUAUUUUAUAGUUUUAUGUAUGUGUAAGAGGUCUAUCAUAACACCCUCAUUCUUGGUCAGUAAAAGAAGCAUUACCAGAAACUGAGAAGUUUUUCAAAGUAGAAGGAAAUGGAAACAUUUUAACACUAAAUCCUUUAGAAAUCACAACUCUGCUGCUGCCCACAGAUUAUAUUUCUAAAACCACUAUGUUUUUUUUAAAACUCUUACCUUCCAUCUUAGCAUCAAUACUGUGUAUUGGUUCUAAGACAGAAGAGCCAUAAGGGCUAGGCAAUGGGGGUUAAGUGACUUGCCCAGAGUCACAUAGCUGGGAAGUGUCUGAGGUCAGAUUUGAACCCAGGAUCUUCUGUCCCUGGGCCUGUCUCUCAAUCCACUGAGCCACCCAGCUGCCCCCAACCACUAAUCUUAAAGCCAGGUUCUGAGUGUCCCAGUUGACCUGCCUAUGAAUAGUCAACAAAAAUGACGAGUCACUGUCACCAUCUUAUUUACCAGAAGGAAUGGAGUGGGCCACUUGACUUGACUAAAACUUGAAAGAAUUCUUCACCUAUGGAUAUAUCCUCCUCCUUUUCAUUGGAUGAUAUGGUAGUUUAAGCUGCCUUCCCAAGUUGGAGGCCUGUAGAGAUGGCGAUGCAUUGAUAUAGGUUUUGUUCCCUUACAAGGCCAAAAUGCAAGCAAUAAGCAAAGUAAUUCCAGGGAGAAUAGAUUCUAAACCACCUGUUACUUCAUCUGCAAAAUGAGAGUAUUGGCCUUUAUAACCUUUAAAAUCCCUUCUAAUUCCAAGUCUAUGAUCACUUGACAUUUACCUGAGAUGACAUUACCUCCUGACACUCAACUCGCGGCAAAUACCAAAUUCUAUGAAAUGGAUCUCCCGUGUCACAGUAGAUAUGAGGACAUACCUGCCAAAAGGACAUAGGUGUACAUGGUAUGUCUUGAAAAAAUCACUACCAGUCACUCUGAUCAUUCCACUUAGUUCUAGAUGGAAUCACCUUUAGGAAGUCUCUAUUUGAUUUUACCAAAUGGGAUAGUUAUUGUAUUUGUGCUAUCAUUUUUACUUGGUCAGUUCUGUCACUAUAAAAUCAAUGCUCUCUGUUCAUUCAGACUUUUCUAGUCCAGUAAAAUGGUCAAACUUAUGAGUUUUAAAAUAUAACAAAUAAAGGAGAUAUUUUUCUCCUUUCUCAUCCCUUCCUCUUCUCAAGACCUUUGUGAGUCCAGGUACAGACUUGUCUUUCGGGUCAUCUGCCAAGGCCAACUGCCAGGAAAUCCAGGUGAAUAAAAUUCUAAUCCUUUAAACAGGAAAUGGUUUGUCAAAGAAAAUCUUACCAACUAAAUCAUAUGAGAAAGUCCAUGUUUUGCCCAAAGCGCAGAUGUGGAAAUUCAUUACUUUCAUAGGGGAAUUGUCUUCUGUCAUGCAUAAAUGUGAUUUUAAGAAGAGAAAGAUGAUUUUUCAUCAUUAAAGCUCUUUCAGGAUAUUGAAA